AUGGACGGCAGAAUGGAUAACCAGAGUGUGAUAGUGGCGCCCGAGCGAAGAAACUAUAGCAAGGCACCGCAAGAGCAUGUGUCAGAGUUCUGGGACUCUUUCUUCACCAAGAAGCCGGGCAAGGUGACAUCAAUCUUCCCGCGAAGUCUCUAUCGGAGCCUGCUGCCCCUGGAGAAGCUCAGUCUGUCGACCUCUACUCAAAAUGCUGCCGAUUCCUACGAGGCCGCCGCCCGCGAGUGCCGCGAGCGCGUCAAGCGCAUAGUGCGCGAGGCCCAUCGCACCAACGAGAAGUUCACCGACCCAGACUUCGACCUGGCCACUGACUAUUGCCGUAACACCCUCGACGGGCUCCGCAGCAAGAGCAGUUUCAACACGGGCUCGGUCCACCGGGUCGACUGGAUCUUUGAGAACCCGCAGUUCACCAUCAACGGCUGUGAGGCCUCCGAUAUCGUCCAGGGCGCCAUCGGCGACUGCUGGUGGCUCGCGGGCACCGCGACCAUAGCGCACCGCAAGGAUCUCAUGGAGCGCGUGUGCGUUGCCCGGGACGAGGAAGUCGGGGUUUACGGCUUCGUCUUCUAUCGUGACGGAGAGUGGGAGCCCGUUUUGGUCGACGACAGCCUGUACCUCUCUGCUCCUGAUUUUCGUGAGGACCACGACCCAACGGGCAAGAAAGCACGCGAGUGGCGUCGCAACCACCAAACCGGAUCCAAUGCACUCUUCUUCUCCAAAUGCCAAGAUCCAAAUGAAACCUGGCUCCCUCUAAUGGAGAAAGCAUAUGCCAAGAUUCACGGAGACUAUCACGCUAUCGAAUCUGGGUGGGCCGGACAGGCUGUGGAAGACAUGACUGGUGGUGUAACCGCCAACCUUGCUACUAAUUGUGUUCUCAACAAGGACAAGCUAUGGCGUGAACUUUCGAGCCAGAAUGGAGACUUCGUGUUUGCAUUAGCUUCCCGACCGGACGACAGCGAUGGUCUAUUUGGUAGCCAUGCAUACUCUAUCCUCCGAGCCACGGAGGUGAGUGGCGAGGACGGACAAAAGGUGAGACUGGUGCAAGUCAGGAACCCCUGGGGUGAUGGCGAGUGGAACGGCCCAUGGUCAGAUGGGUCGAAAGAGUGGACGCCGUACUGGUUGACGAAACUUGGUCAUACCUUUGGCGAUGAUGGCGUCUUUUGGAUAUCCUAUCAUGAUAUGCUUGAGAAGUUCGAAGAUAUUUCUCGAACUAGGCUCUUUGAUAAGAGUUGGAGCGUGGUCCAGCAGUGGGCUACGAUGAAUAUUUCUUGGGUCACUGGCUACUCGCAGUGCAAGUUCUCGCUCGAGAUCAAACAAGGAGGCUUGGUAGUCAUCACCUUGGCUCAGCUAGAUGAUCGCUAUUUCAGGGGGCUGGAAGGACAGUACGACUUUUCGCUACAUUUUGUGCUUCAAGAACAAGGAGCCAAAUCUGGAGACCACAUUUGUCGCGUACGUGCUGGUAUAUACAACGGCAACCGAUCAGUCUCUUGCGAGGUGGAGCUUGAGGCCGGUUGCUACGAGGUCAUCCCAAAGAUCACGGCCACUCGCGAUACCAGCAAGGACAUGGUGGAAGACAUUGUUAAGCAGCGGGCUCAGAGCAACCCACAGAAGUUACGCCAGAUAGGAAUGCAGUAUGACCUGGCUCACGCAAAGGCUGGUAUUACUGACGAAGACCUCGUGUUGCACACAAAGGCGGAAAAGAAGAAACUGGAAGAAAAGAGAAAUGCCAAGGAGAAAGAGGCGAAGGAAAAGAGAAGGCAGCACAGGUCGUCUCUUAAACAGCAGGGACCUGAAACGAAACAAACCGAACAGCAGACGGAAGCAGCUUUGGGUGCGGACCACGUUGAGGAGGAUCAAAAGCAAGCCAACGCUAAAGACAUCCGGGAGGAGCACAACAAAGAUCCUAAGGCCGAUGAGGGUAAAACUGACAAUAAGGAGAACAUCAAAGAGGAGGAGGAUGGCGAGAAGAAGACCGAGAUGAACACUGUACCAGUCAAGACUGAACCUAAUGCAGAGAAGGCACAGGGCGAGUCUGAGCUGGUGAAGUGCAAAGUUUGCGAGGAACGGGAGAAAAAGGAGGAAGAGAAAGAUGAAAAAGACGACAGCGAAGCCUACGGCAGUGAUGAGGACGACAAUGAUGACAGCAGCAGCGAGUCCUCGGAUGACUUUCAUGAACACCCCGGACCAUGGAAUGCGGUCUGUGUCGUUGGCCUCCGUGUUUACUCGCAGUGUGAAAAUGUGUCUGUCAGACUUGUAGAGCCCAAAGACCCUGAGGAAGGAGCCUUGCUUUCGGUAGAUUCGGCCCCAGCUGGCGCAACAAUCCCGGAGCGGGCUCGAAACGAGUGGCCUCCCAUGGAAACAGCCAAGGGGAAAGAUGUCAGUCCGAGCGAUGACGCGGCAAAGCCGGACGCCGAGGUCCGCCACCCUUUGAAGGCCAGCCGGAGCGGUGGGACGGAAGAGCAGGGCAAGGCGCCGAAGAAACGGCGCAAGGUUCUGCUGGUCUCCGUGGGCAUUGUGCCCUUUGAUGUGGCGGACAACCCAAUGGCUCUCCUAGAGGAGAGCUACUUGGCCCCGCCAUGUCCGCUGCGACAAGCUGGCGAUGUCGGGGAACAAAAUGGGCUAAUUCUGGUUGUUAUAUUCUACUAUCAGCACAUGACGUGUGACCUCGAACGUCCCUGCACCAGAUGUAUCAAGAGAAACAUUGGACAUCUUUGUCACGACGAGCCGCGAGAACACGAAAGUAAAAAGGCCAAGAGCGCUCUCGGGACGGCGGCGGACGACUCCGAGCACCAGACAGAUAUGACCCAGACCUCGCGCGAUGGACAAGCGGCCACCAACACGAUGACAACCUACGAUGGCCGGAUGGACGCAGUCGGAUCGGGCCUUGACAACGGCGCCGCGGCGGCUGUCCUAGGCCGAGGAAACCCCUUACUUGUGCCACAGUCACCGUUGACAGGGGUGCGGCCAAAUGCAAUGGGAUCUGAGAACUUGAAUAGCUUUCCCGGCUUCUCGGAUGGCUGGAUAAAUCAAAGUCACUUUCAUGAUAUGCACGGCUAUCAUCCAAGCUUCAACUUGAUCACGCCCGAGGUAACGAAUGAGUUCAAUCUCCUGAGCGACUUCUUAAACGGAAGUCUGCUGGAAGAUGGCUCGCUACUGCAGGACGAACAGUCGCAAAAUCUACCUGGCACGGCUCAAGCCGAUACAAUUGUUUCUUCGUUCCUUAACAGCACUGGCGAGAAUUCCGAAACUUUGAACGGUACAGGGAACAGUAUGCUUCCACCAAGUGCAAUACCGCAUCAAAAGGAAGCGCUUUCGACGUCACAGGGUGAGCUGGGCAAGUCAAUAGUCCGUCCCUCGAGCACUGUCGCGAUAGACAAGGCGCGUGAAUAUUACCUUCAAGCUGCAGAUCCGUCUGGCAACGACACGGCAGAGGAACGCAUGCAGAGGUUGCUCAAGGCCAAGUAUGAUGCGGGACUUCUCAAGCCUUUCAACUAUAUUAAGGGAUACUCGCGUCUCUCAAAUUAUCUUGACAGUCAUAUCGCAGCAACAUCUAAGCAAAAGAUUCUACGACAGCUUGACCGAUUCCGGCCAAAGUUCCGUGAAAAGAUUCAUGCUCUAACAGACAUUGAGCUUGUAUAUGUCGAGAUGUGGUUUGAAAAGACUCUUAUGGACUACGACCGGGUGUUUGCAAGCAUGGCAAUACCAGCUUGUUGCUGGCGAAGGACGGGUGAGAUCUUUCGAGGAAACAAAGAGAUGGCAGAGCUCAUCAACGUACCGGUGGACGACUUGCGAGAUUGUUGGAGAGAGGAACAGUAUGAUGUUGCAGAGCAUAUGUACACCAAGAUGGAGGCCCUAUUGCCAUCUCUCACACAUCGUUCUGUGGAGAACUUGGUCGAGGCGAUCUUCGAAAUUGGCUGCCAUCUGAUGGCUAAGAAAGACUUUGUCAUGGCAGUCAAAUGGCUGGGUAGAAGCAACGAUAUUAUCACCAACCAAAGUAUCGACCAGCUCACAGAAGAUGGUAUCAAACUUCGGUUUGCAGUAUCCCAAGCUCACAUCGCCGCCCUUAUGGGUGUUGAAACCGCUGAAGGCUUCGAGAAGGCCAGAGGCCUAGUCAGUUACAUCGAGACGGAAAUUGGAAGUCAGCCAUUUGUUCUUAUCUUGAAGCUGGAGCUUCUGAACAAAUCGCCUGCUGAGACUUUCGACUGUGAGGCUUACUGCGGCAUUCUGCGAGAAAUGAUUAGGUCCUUUAACUAUGCUGAGUCAACAUUCAGAGCCUUGAGAAAGCAUCUUGCAAAGCUUCGGGACAAAAGUCCUAGUCUUGGCAUGAAGCUAUUAGACGAGUUCGUGACAUUUCUGCACGACGCUGGAUUUGAUAAGAGCGAAAGUGUGGAAUGGUACGAAAAGCUUGUGGUUCUGCGUGUUAAGAUGACUACGCAAUGUCAUGAAUCUUCCGAACACCUUAAUACGGCCAAGAUACUCUUCGCCAGAUGCGAACAUCCAUUAGGCACACGAGGUGCAGUAGCAUCUCAAACGCUGCUCUGGAAGAUGCUCGAUACAAAGUUUUCUAUGAAACAAUUUGACGUAGCUCAAGAAUGGGGUCACAUUGCAUUGUUGCCAGUCUUCAAAGAAGCAGGACCUAACAAUCGAGCAAAAAUUGAAAGAAAGUUGCUGCUCUGUAAUGUAUCCCUGAAUGAGCCCGAGGCAGCCAUGUCUAUUUACCACUCAAUGUCGGAACAAAGCCAGAAGGACAAGAAAACAAGCUAUGUCAUGUUCAAGGUUGCGAUUCGCAACUCGGACCUUGAGCUCGCUGUACAGUGCCUGGAGACCAUGAGCAGCGCCAGUGACUCUGAGGAUUUAAUUUAUGCUUGUGUACUCGAUGCGCAGAAGUCAGGCGACAAGGCUUAUGUUGUCGAAGCCUUGAGAAAGCUGGUUCAAGUGCGCAAGAUUCGACCAAAUGGGCCUGUUCACUUACCUGCACUUUUGAGAUGCAGUAUCAGGUUCCUACAAAAGCUAAUGGAUGACAACGGGUCAUCAGUUGAUGUGGAUGGAGCUGCAGUUGUCCAUGUUGUGACAAUGUUCGAGGAAGCCGCAAAAGCCAUCGAGCGCAAAGAAACGGGGGCAGAUGGCACAAAGCUUUUUAGUCUUCAAGAGCUGGAGUGGUUUUGCCAGAAUGCUUACAAUAUUUCUGUGAAAUACGCACAAGCUUGGGAUCCUAGAUGUUUGGUGCGAACAUUGGAUGUGUGCGUUAGAGUCAUGGGACAUUUCCCUGAAGACGCAGUGUCACCUGUGGUUGACGACCUACCCCUCCGAAGACUCUUUUGCCAUUUUAUCAAUGCAUCAGCUCUGACAGCGCUUGCACGGACCCAGAAAGACGUCGAACGGCAGCUCCUGGACUACCAAGCCGUCCGCAAAAACGUUGCAGGAUUUGAAGAGGCAUUGGAAGCAUGCCGCGGAAGACUUAGAUUGCCCGAAGCGCAAUACAAACAGCUACUCAAGAAAUUGCAGAUAAUCAUAGUCUUUGACUUUGAAUCUGCACUGUAUCUCAGGCAGACAUCGGAGCUUGGCGAGAUCAUACGCCGCGCCUCUAUUUGUAGGAAUGCGGAGUCCUUCAAGGCUAUGGCUGACAGUUUGCUGAGGCUACACACUGUCUCGAAAAUCGCACCGAGAGAUUUUUACUCUGCGUUGAAUCUUCUCGUGGACGAACUUGCCGCGCUGCCAGACUGCGACAACGUCAAGCUCGCCAGGUAUUCUCGAUGGGUUUUUCAAGUACUGAUGGGUAUCGACACGAAACUUGCCCUCGAGGAGCUCCGGUCCACCUGUGAAAUGGCAAAAAGGGCACUAGAAACGACAGGGUCUCACUGGCCCCGCGAGGAGCUCGAAUGGAUUGCCAUCAUGGCUUUCAAUCAUGGCAUUGAGGCUUCAGGUCUAAAUGACGAAGAUGACGCUCAACCCUGGGUAGAAAUUGCAAUGAGCCUGGCACAUUACAACAGCGACGGUGGUGCUUUGGAGACGUCGAUGUACGAAAGCUUUACUUCAUUUCGCCUGAACCGACAACAUGGGAAUGGCUAA